AUGGACUUUAUUGACUACUACGAAAUAUUGAAUCUGCAUCACACAGCAGAUGAGAAUGAGAUCAAGACGGCUUAUGGGCAACUGGCUAAGACGACACAUCCAGAUAAGAAUCAAGAGAAUAACCAAGCCACUCAGAAUUUUCAAAAGCUCAACGAAGCAUACUCUACACUAUCAGACACACGAAAACGUCGAGUUUAUGAUCUAAAGUACGAACAGCAAACAGGAUCAUAUGCACCUCGGUUUUCCAGCAUACAUAGAACAAACAAAUCCACGAAUGAGAACACUGCACCUAGCCCCGGGUCCAGUGACACGCAUUUCGAGGUACCUUUCCAAAAUGACCCCCAGGAAAAGCUGCUCUUGAAGAUAUGGGAAGCGGAUGGGUUCAUUGAGCAGUUCAAAUCUUGUGUAAAAAGCACCGGGAAAAAAGCAAAACGCCAGAGGCGAAUGGUAAAGGAGAAAAAAGAGGUCCUACAAUUUUUCGAAGAAGAAAUCUCUAGUGCGGAGGUCGAAAUGAAAAGAAAAUAUGAAUACGGGGCUGGGCCGUCAAAUUUGGAACGCACAAGAGAAUACCGUCUGAUUCGAAUGCAAAUGGACUACAAGACUCGUAUAGAAGCUGAGCUCAAAGAGGAGGAAGAAAAGCUUGGGCAUCUCGAAAGGCAGCUUCAGGAGUUUAGCAGUCGACUCUCUUACUGGGAAAAGAAGAGGGAUGCUUUUGAUCGCAAUUAA